AUGCUGGUUCUUGACUCAGCAGAUACCGCUCAGAGCGAGGGCGAAGGCCCUGAUGGCUCAGACAAGCCCCCGCUUGAUGGCACUACUCUACACACUUACCCCCAUCCCAAUUCUUUCGUCAACGGUACCACGUACCACUCGACUUCGCAUAUGCAACCGCCCAAGGUAGUCAAGGGUGGAACCCCACGCUCGGCAACGCCCUCCGUAACAGAUUCGCCCUCACCAUCGGAGAGCGAGAAUUGGAGUGCUCCUUCAACCCGUCCUCCAAGUCAGGCUGUAAGCCGGGCUCCUAGUAUGUCGGGCGGUGUCUCAGGCAACAGACUAACCGUACCGAAUACGUCAAAGACUCCUCAGAAGGGCAAACCUCUGCCGUCAGAGAAACCACCUACCAGCCGCUCGAGGGCACCAUCCAACGCUCACUCGGACAGUGGACAGAAAUUCACUCUCAAAGAUCUCAUCACUGCGUCUGCACCUAAACUCUCACGCAAGUCUUCUGCCCGCUCAACUAGCAGCAAGAAGUCAGAUUCCGACGUGGAUCGAAAAUCGGUUGGUGGUGAGAGUACAGCCAGUUUAACGCAGAAGUACGGUGUUUGCCAAAAGGUUGCUAUUGGCAAGGGGGCCACUUCUGUCGUCCGCCUAGCCCACAAAUGGGAUAGAAGUGAAGAGAAGCUGUACGCUGUCAAGCCUUUGGUGGCUGGUGCUCAUCACGUCUUUUAUAUCAAGGAGUUCCGCAAAAGACGAAAGAAUGAAUCAGAAAAGGAGUACGUCAAGAAACUCACUGCAGAGUUUUGUAUUUCCUCCACGCUGCACCAUAUCAACAUAGUUGAGACAGUGGAUCUCGUUCAGGACGAGAACCAACAUUGGUGCGAGGUUAUGGAAUUUUGCCCUGGUGGAGAUCUCUACGCUGCAAUCAAGAAGGGUGGUAUGUCGCCCAGUGAAGUCGAAUGCUGCUUCAAGCAGAUGCUUUCGGGUGUUUCGUAUCUCCACAGUCAAGGCGUCGCACAUCGUGAUAUCAAACCGGAGAAUCUCUUUUUCGACACCAAGGGCCAUCUGAAGAUCGGCGACUAUGGCGCAUCGACUGUAUACCGCCUGCCAUGGGAAGCGACAAUUCACAUGUCGACGGGGCUUUGCGGUAGCGAGCCGUACAUUGCCCCAGAGCAAUUUUUAGGCAAACCAUACGACGCCCGUUUAGUUGACAUAUGGGCGUGCGGUAUUGUGUAUUAUUGCCUUCACUUCCAAGAGAUGCCCUGGCGUGCUGCUCAAAUGUCCGACACGCUCUAUGCGGCGUAUGUCGCAGCCUGUGCAGUUCCCCACAAAGACAAGGAUAAAGACAAGGAUGUCGUUUUCCCACCGACUAUCAACAACCUGAGCCCACGGGCGUGCCGCAGUUUAAUCCGGAGGAUGCUUGAGCCAGACCCGAAACUACGUUCUCCGAUAGAGGACAUCGUGGCGCAUUCAUGGGUGCAGGGUAUAGAAGUUUGUCAUGCUGUAGCAAAACCCACGCACGUGCAUGUGCAUGCGAUGCAGCAAGCGCAGAUCAUAUCAUCAUGA